UUUUUAAUUCUUGAUUUUGUUUGUAGCCACCUCGUCCUCAAUGCCUCUCUGAGCAGCACCUAGCGAGCGAGCGGGAGAAGGCGAGACAGAGAGGCAAAAGAGAAGAUGAGGAUAAUUUGCAGACAGCUUGUCUUGUUGUUUUCUGGCUUUUGGGGACUAGCAAUGGGAGCUUUUCCUAGCAGUGUGCAAAUAGGUGGUCUCUUCAUCAGGAACACAGAUCAGGAAUAUACUGCUUUUCGAUUAGCAAUUUUUCUCCAUAACACCAGCCCCAAUGCAUCCGAAGCACCUUUUAAUUUGGUUCCUCAUGUAGACAACAUUGAAACAGCUAACAGCUUUGCUGUAACAAAUGCCUUUUGCUCCCAGUAUUCUAGAGGAGUUUUUGCCAUUUUUGGACUAUAUGAUAAGAGAUCAGUACACACCUUGACCUCAUUCUGCAGCGCCUUGCACAUCUCCCUCAUCACACCAAGUUUCCCCACAGAGGGUGAGAGUCAGUUUGUGCUGCAGCUGCGGCCAUCUCUGCGGGGAGCCCUCCUGAGCUUGCUGGAUCAUUAUGAAUGGAACCGUUUUGUCUUCCUGUACGACACAGAUCGAGGUUAUUCAAUACUUCAAGCUAUUAUGGAAAAAGCAGGACAAAAUAGCUGGCAAGUCAGUGCCAUCUGUGUGGAGAACUUUAAUGAUGCCAGCUACAGGAGGCUUUUAGAAGAUCUGGACCGAAGGCAAGAAAAGAAAUUUGUAAUAGACUGUGAAAUAGAGAGGCUUCAGAAUCUCUUAGAACAGAUUGUGAGCGUGGGAAAGCAUGUUAAAGGAUACCAUUAUAUUGUUGCCAACCUGGGAUUCAAAGAUAUUUCUCUGGAGAGGUUUAUGCAUGGAGGAGCCAAUGUAACUGGAUUUCAGCUGGUAGAUUUCAGUACCCCAAUGGUAGCUAAGCUGAUGCAGCGCUGGAAGAAGCUGGACCAGAGAGAAUACCCAGGAUCUGAGACCCCACCAAAGUAUACAUCUGCAUUAACAUAUGAUGGAGUGCUUGUGAUGGCUGAAACUUUCCGUAAUCUUAGAAGGCAGAAAAUUGAUAUUUCAAGGAGAGGAAAUGCUGGUGAUUGUCUUGCUAACCCUGCAGCCCCAUGGGGUCAAGGAAUUGAUAUGGAGAGGACAUUAAAACAGGUUCGAAUACAAGGAUUGACAGGAAAUGUUCAGUUUGACCACUAUGGUCGCAGAGUCAACUACACCAUGGAUGUCUUUGAGCUGAAAAAUACAGGCCCUCGUAAGGUUGGUUACUGGAAUGACAUGGAUAAAUUAGUUUUGAUCCAGCAUGAACCUACACUUGGAAAUGACACUUCAGCCAUUGAGAAUAGAACAGUAGUUGUCACUACAAUUUUGCCUCUGAUGAAGAAUCCUAUUUUAAGAAAUUGAUCAAGGAAGAAAAGAGUCCCAAGAUGCUGCGAACAUUCCUAACUAAGGCUCAAGUAUUAACCACCAGUCUAGUAGCAUUGAGCUAAUUUUUCCAUAUGGAUUACUGUUCCUCUGACUGGAUGACCAGGCACUGAACCACCAAGAAAAGUUCUGUGGCUAAUCUGAAAUGUCUAGAACAGAUGACGUUAUUCUUCAACUUUGCCAAGCUGAGAAGAGAAUGAUGUGAAUAACAAGCUUUCAGUCGAAAUUUUCCUCUCAUACCAAUCCUGAUAUCUUUGACUGAAGCUACCAUACAUGAAUACUGCAAUUUCCAUAAAUAGCUCCAAGCUUAGGAGAAGCAAGUAAAAAAUAAUAAUGAAAAGUAAUAUAAAAGGUUCCUGUUUGCUAGAAAGGAAAAAAGGAAAACAAGAAAGCUUUUAAAAUGUGUUAUCUUGCCUGUCCUGUUUGCAUUGAAGCAUUUUGAUGUGCAUAAUAAAUGUUAUCUUCAAAAGAACUUUUCCAGUUCUUGCAUUGAAAGGACUGGUGGGUUCAUUUUAAAAACCAAAAAGCUGAAUUAAUAUUCCAAAGCAUGCCCUAUCUUUAUGCAGCACGUCACCUUGGGAUACAUGCAGUUAAUUUGAAAGCAGCACUGCUUCUUGACCACAAGUGUCCCCUUCUCAAUGUUUCAAAAUCACAGUGCAAGAGAACUAUAUCAGAAUUUGGUUUGAAUAAGAAUAUAUGGUGAAUUCUGCCUUCUCAUGGUUAUCUCCCAUUAUCUCCCGUGGGAGCUGCACACAUGAUGCUGAUGGCAAAUGAGAACCAUGAUUCUUAAUAUUGACCUGCCAGGACAAUGUAUUUAGUAUCCACAAGCAUAUGAUCACACACACAAAGGAAAGAUAUAUUUAGGAUAACUCAGAAUCCUGUUUUUUUGCUCUUCUUUGUGUUAUAGUCAUGUUGCAAAUGCCAGACAGCAACUUUUCCCCUCUUCAUUGUCCUCUUCACACUGAAGGGAAGUUGAACCACUGUAGAUGACACAUGUAAUUUUGGUUGCAUGCGUAUUUUCCAACAUUAAACAGAUAAGCUUCUGCAACCAGUGCUGUCAGGCUUUUUAGUCUUUGAAGGCAGGUGUCGUGGCAGCAUAAGAUUACUAGUUUUCAGCAUGGCUUGCUUUAAUUUUUGCCUGAAGCCAAAUAGCUCAAGUUGAUUUGCCCUCUGUUUCUUCAGUUUUUAUGUGUCUAUGCUUACUGUGCUGUUAUGUGGCUGUAUGGCUACUGCAUAGAAGAUGCAUUAUAAUGAAUUAGCUCUGCACUCAAAGAAUUUAGUACAGUGUUGUCUAUUUGGCAAAAUAUUAUGUUCGUUUGUAACACAGUGAAAGCAUGUAGAAUUUACUUUACAGUUUUGGUUUAGUGCAUAGACACUAAACCUAUCUCCAGCUAAAGAAUGUGGUGAAGGAGCAGCCCAGAGAAAGGUGGCAGUAGGGACAGAUGAUGCUGUGCAUUGCAUGGGCUGCAGUGCAGCCCUCCUUUUUGUAGCUCCUGGGAGAGACCUGUACCCUGCAUGUAUGGCCCUCUGGGAAGGACAGCUUUUCUACCUGUGUGCAGAAGUAUUCCCUCUGGGGAGGGCUUGGGACCUCCAAAUGCACAGUAAGCUCACUGUAUGGCUGGAGAAGGGAUGCUAUGUGCAGCCCGCCUCUAACAGUGAGUGAUUUACCCAUCUAGGAAUAAUGAUUAUCUCUAGUUUAGUAAAUUAAGAAAUACGGUGACAAGUUGCUGAGAUGGAAUGUAAGGGAGUAGGGUGAGAAGACUACUCCAGUCUCUCUGAUCCAUUUCAUGGUACAGUCUUCAACUCUGUACCUACUCUGAGACUGCAAAACUUAAAAAAUCAUGAAAAUCCUUUAGAACAAAAGCUUGAUGUGCGUGAGCUGCAUCUGUGUUGUGGCUUACAGCUCAGUAUUUUAAUGGGAUGGUCUGGCAGAUUAAGGUUCAAGGGCAGAAUCCAGUUCACAACUGAGUCACCUAAAUGUAGAUGACUUUACAAAGGGUACUGACUCAGUUGCCCACUGAAUGAAUGCCCACUCAGUGACAUUUAAGAUGCUCUAGGGUAUAGUGCCUAUCCAUUUCUUACACUGGCAGGAGGACAUUUGCCUCUCUCGUGCCAUAUAAAAUCUCUCCAUCUGGAUGUCUGCACUUUCAGGCAUGUGGAAUAAAUUGUGCCCCAGAUAUAUAAUUUUUCCUGAAAGCCCACUAAGAUUUAGAAAUUGAUUCAAUAUCCCAUAGGUGGAUGCGUAAGACAGAGGUUAUCAGCCUAUCCAUAAAGCGGCAGGACAAAGGACCUGCAGAACUGAACUUGGAGGUCAAGCAGUUUACUUUAGGGCGUCUCAGAUGACAGAUAACCUUCAUUAGGUGACUGAGAAUCAUCCUCAUUGUUUUGACAGAUAAACUCUUGAUGGAGUCUUACCUCAAAAAUUCUAACUAUGACCUUUCUCAUAAUAGAAGAAUAUUUUUUCAUUAGAAAUCUUAUUAAUUAAAUUCUUUAUUAGACUGGAGAAUAAAGUGAAGUUUGUUGCAUGACAACAAGAAAGACUUCAAACCGAAUCCUGGACAGUUUAUUCAGAAAAAGGGAAAAACAAAACAAACAAACAAAAAAAAACAAACAAAACAACAACCCAAAACCACAAAAAAACCUUCCACUGACAUCUACAGAAGUGUCUUUCAGAAUAAAGUGUGAUGAUGUGUGCCACUUCUGUUCUAAAAAUCAAACAUUUCCUUGCACGAAUAUUUGUCACUUUUGCAAAUUAUUUUUACAGUGUUUUAAAGACUUUGAAAUGAACUUUAGAAUAGGAAAGCCAAACACAGAUCUGUUUGGUAUUUGAGUUAGCUACUUUCUCCAGCUUCCCUUGUAACAUGAAUCAUCAGUUGUGAGCAUAUUACUGUACACAUGAAUUUGUGGCAAUGUGGUGGAAUGAUUUGUUUUACAUCUAUAAAGGUAAUUGUUGCAGACAUCAACUUGUAUUUACAAAUGUUAAAUAUUGUUAUAAAAUUGUGAAUUAUAUAAGUAAAGCUUGCACCAUUUCAAAUAUCUGA